UCGUUUUCGGCUUCACUUUAGUUUGUGUGUUCGGACAACGUGUUAUUCUCUUCAGUUACAUUUCCUUAUGAUUUUACUUUAGUCGCGCAAGAUCGAAGAUAGUCCAGUCCACCGUUUAUGCGUUUUAAGGUGGUUGUGCCGCUGUGCCAUGAACCUAUCUGAGGAGGCUGUGCUGGCCCGUGUGAAGGCGCUAGAGGAGGAAGUGGAGAGACUGAAGGCUCAGCUGAAGGAAAAGAGUGAUGGAGCAGUGGAGGAGAGGACCACGGUGUCCCCUGAUCCCGUUGCUGCUGAAAUAAAGAAUCAGGAGAAUGGAGCCGCCAGGAAGAAAGGAAAGAAAGCAGAGCGGGUGUUUGAUUUCUCUGUUCACCCUCGGCGGCAUGUGGCACUGCGUCUGGCCUACCUGGGUUGGAAUUACCAAGGCUUUGCUGUGCAGGAGAACACGGAGAACACAGUGGAGGCGCGGCUGUUUGAGGCGCUCCUGAAGACCAGGCUGAUCCAGGACAGACAGAGCUCUAACUACCAUCGCUGCGGACGCACAGACAAAGGAGUGAGCGCCUUCUCACAGGUAAUAUCCAUUGACCUCCGCUCGUGUCAGUACAGUGGUUUGGGUGUGACAAUUCCUGAUGAUGUUGAGCCUAAAGGUAGCGCUCCCACAGCUGAGCUUCCGUACGUAAAGAUGUUGAACAGGGUUCUGCCUCCGGAUAUCAGGGUGCUUUGCUGGGCACCAGUGCAAACUGGCUUCAGUGCACGCUUUGAUUGCCAGUACCGAACUUACCGGUACUACUUUCCUCGUGGAGACCUGGAUGUGGAUCUCAUGGCUGCAGCAGCCAGGCGGUAUGAGGGAACACAUGACUUCAGGAACCUGUGCAAGAUGGAUGUGGGUAAUGGAGUUCUGCAGUUUCAGAGGACCAUCCUGUCUGCGUCCGUGCAGCCAGCUCAGCCCAGCCAUCCCUCCCCUUCUGACCCCCAACAGCUUUACCUGUUCGAGGUCAAAGGACUUGCUUUCCUCUACCACCAGGUUCGCUGUAUGAUGGCUGUACUGCUUCUGGUUGGCCAGAAGCUGGAAGCUCCAGAGAUCAUUGAUAAGUUAGUGGAUGUUGAGAACAAUCCUAGGAAGCCUCAGUACAGUAUGGCAGUGGACUACCCGCUGGUGUUGUACGAGUGCCAUUUUGACGGGUUGAAUUGGAACAAUGAGGAUGAAGAUGGGAGUCAUGUGCUCAAUUCCCUACACCAGCAUUGGACUCAGACUGCAGUCAAGGCCCAGGUCCUACAUGGCAUGAUCCAAGGCCUGCAGAGCUCAGCUACAGACAAGGCGUCCUCUUCUAUGGAGUGCUGGCUCAUGGAGGGUUCCAGACAGCGGAACUACCGCCCCCUGCUGGAGCGUCCACGCUGUGAGAGUCUGGAGUCUCGGAUCCAGCAUUUUGUGAAGAGAGGGAGGCUGGAGAGAGAAGAGGGAGAGAGUGGGGAGGAGGCCACUGUCUUCAGGGGCAAAAGGUCAAAGCACUUGCACCAGGCGACCUCCACACAACAGCAAGGCACAGACAGUGCUGUGACCAACAUGGAAGUCCCAUUACAACCCACAAUAUAAACUUUGACUUUUUGGUAUCCCAGAACUCCAAUUGGAUGCAUAGACAUAUAAAACAUUUUGGAUUUGGACUAUUUUCAAAAAGCACUGGCUGUGAGCAUCCAUUUUCUGCAUCAGAACUGCUUCCAGUAUUAACAGCAGAGCUAUCCAUCAUUUCUGAAGACCACUUCAUUGACAUCAAACAGAACUCUGUUAAAGAGCAAGAUAAGCCAAAGAUCAGCUCUGGACUUCCUGAGACUGUGCAGACAUUUGCCAAUGUUUUUUAAAGUAACCUGGAUUUUUUUUGUUUCCUUAUUAAUAUUGGAACUGGUGAAUAUUAGAGAACUGUAAGUUCUUUUUUGAAAAAGUAUUUUCAGUUGCUUUGCUAGUUUGAUGUACUGUAAUUGACUUAUUCAGCUGUAAGUUCGCUAAAAAAAAGUGCACUGACAUUGUAUUUGAUUCAAACCAUGACAUGGGUAUCGCAGAGAUCAGAUGUUUUUAUAUCAACACAAGUUGUUUUUCAGUUUACUCAGUUUUGACAAGAAUUGAGUUAAUAUAAUUGUACAUUGUAUAGUUAUAAUUAUGUAACAUACAGUUUUAUUAUCUAUAUUAUAAUAUAGAAUUGAGCUUAUAUAAUUUGGUCAUGUGCACCUGAUGUACGGAUAUAAAUCAAGUAAAGUCAGCACGCUUUUCAGUGCAUUUUCAGAUUGAUAUAUGUGCUGUUAACACUCACAGGCUUGUGAUGAGACCUCUUUGUUUUAUAAAAUUCAGCAAGCUGGAUAAGCAUCCCAUAGAUUAAGGGUUGUUUUUUUUUUUGUUUGUUUUUGUUUUUAAACUGUAACCUUAUGAGGGCUUCUUGUGUCUUAGUGGCUUCCAAAUGCAUUUUAGUCAUAAGACCUGUAAAAAUAUCUUGUCUAUUAAAAUUCAAGAAAGCAACAAAAUCCAAUAAGUGAGGUUUGCAUGGCAUAAUAUCAAAGUAAUGCUGACUGACCUCUUCCUCGCCUUUGUAGCAGCAUGAUUCUACCAGCACUCAAUUGCAAAUCUACAGAUUUAAAACGGACAAGUAUGCACUCAUUGAUGACUUAAUCAUGGGCACCUAACUUGUGUCUACAUUCAUUACAUGUACACUAAUUUUAUCAUCUUAUCUCUACUACUACAUAAGUGCACUUUGUAAUUCAGCAAUGACAUCUGUAACCCUGCAGAGUUUAUCUUAUUCAUCAAUGAGCAGGACUCUCAUAGGGCCGCUGAAUAAGUAUAUUAUCAGUGUCUCUGCUGGGCUGAGAGGAUGUUGAACUUUGGCCAGAAAUUGAACACUGAUGAAACACUAGAGGAUGACUAGCGAAAACAGAUGAGCCGGCUUCUCUAAAUUUACAUCUACAAGGCAGACCAACAAAAUAGGUUUCUCUAAUAGAGAGACCUUGAGCGGACACAGUGAUUAAAAAGUCACAUGCUGGCUGAUCCACUUGUAUCAAUGCUGCACACUAUCAUACCACCAUUGUCAGUGUUACUGCAGUGCUGAGAAUGUCCCACCACCCAAAUAAUACCUACUCUGUAGUGGUCAUGUGAGGGUCCUUACCGUUGCUUAACAAGGUAAAGAGGGGACUAAGAAGUCAUGCAGAGGAACAGAUGGACUACAGACUGCAGUUGUAGAACUAUAAAACUACACCUAUAUGAUAGGUGGACUAGAUAAAAUAAAAAAUGCCCCUUAUUCUCUGAAGUUGCAUAAAAGAAAUGCAUGUUUGACUGCCUGGAAUGAGGUAUGAACCACUGAGUAAAAAUCAUGAAACUUGUGUAGGACCUGCACAGAUUCGAGCGCAAUCAGCUUCACUGCGUAAAAUCAAGCAAACCAGCACCUUAUUUACAUAUUAUUUACAUGAAGCAUACCGUAAGCCAUACAGAGCCAAUGAACAGCUUUCAGCAGCUCGUGAGCCAAUGGCUGCGCUCGGAGGAGGAGUUUGAGGUCGAGCAGUGAGUGCACAGCUU